AUGAGUGCGAUUCAAGACAGCGAGACCAACGAGCCUAUCCAGGUCCUCAUCACCAUGCACGACAACAUGGACCUUCUUGACUUUGCCGGCCCGCUCGAAGUUCUCACUCACGCUCAAUACAACGCCAACGACCCAGAAAGCAAAGCCUUCGACGUCACCUUCGCCGCGGCCCAGGAAAAAGUCCUGACCGCCCAGGGCGUCACAUUGACCGCGCAUAUCUCCUUCAAAGAAGCGCACAAACGCCUCAAGGAGUUUGACGUCCUCGUCGUCCCCGGCGGCAAGGACAACUGCAUGCAGGUGCUCAAGACCCAAGCCGAGCCUACACAGAUCAUCAAGGCCUUCGCCGACGCCCAGACCGCCGACCCGGGGAGAGAGCGCACCGUGCUGGCCGUGGACACGGCGGCGCUGUUCCUGGCGAGCCAGGGCCUGCUGCAGGGCCUGGCGGCGACCACACACCCGGACUUCUACAUCAAGCUUGAGAAGGAGUGCCAGGACGCCGCGGCGCGCGAAAUGGGCGAACGCACCGACGUCAUGGAGGAGCGCUACGUGGUCAACAACGCGCGCUUCGACCUGGGCGAGAACCUCGACGAAAACCCCUACGUGUUCAAGAAGAACCGCAAGGGCAGCACCGCGCGCAAGGGCUCCCUGGCCAGGCGCGAGAGUAACCUGAAGCACGAGAACCUGGUGCGCAGGCAGAGCAUGAAGCUGGGCGGCAUGCGCGUCAUCACCAGCGGCGGCACCAUUAGCGGCAUUGACGCGAGCCUGUACCUCGUCAGUGCCCUCGUGAGCCACGAGACCGCGCAGGAGGUCGCCCGGGUCAUGGGCUACGAGUGGGUCAAGGGCGUUGUCGUGGACGCCAUUGAUGUCUAG